GUUUGAAAUUGACUUCACAUCAAAUUUGACACAAACCAUUUUCACCUUCAUCUUCUUCAUCACUCUUCAAUUUUCAACUCUGUUUCUUCAAUUCAAACCCUCUCUCUCUUCUUCGUUGCUCCCUCCUCACUCUUCUAAUCUGUCUCUGUUGCUUCACAGCAAAAUCCAUUUCCCUUUCCUCACAACUACUUUCCCGUAUGACAUCGUAACCUUCUUCUCUUCAUUCAAUUUCACUUCUUUAUAUUACUUACUUUUACUUGUUUUGAAGAAUUCAAGUAGCAGAGUAUUACCUUUGUUGUUCUUCUCCCUAUCAAACGUUUGUUCUGUUUUUUGUGAACGGAAAAAUGGGUACUUGGAAAUUGGGGUUUUGGGGGCUUCUUUGUGCUGCUUUUCUCUUUUCAAUUGAUGCUGUUGAGCUUCGUAGGAAUCAGCCUACUGAAAGAAUUUCAGGUAGCGCUGGUGAUGUGUUGGAAGAUGAUCCGGUCGGAAGGUUGAAGGUUUUUGUUUACGAACUUCCAAGUAAAUAUAAUAAGAAAAUUCUUCAAAAGGACCCGAGAUGCCUCGCCCAUAUGUUUGCUGCUGAGAUCUAUAUGCACCGGUUUAUCUUAUCUAGCGCUGUCCGAACCCUUAAUCCUGAAGAAGCUGAUUGGUUUUAUACCCCUGUAUACACCACCUGUGACUUGACACCAAAUGGCCUCCCUUUACCCUUUAAGUCACCACGAAUGAUGAGAAGUGCAAUACAACUUAUUUCUUCAAACUGGCCUUAUUGGAACCGAACAGAGGGAGCUGAUCAUUUCUUUGUGGUUCCCCAUGAUUUUGCGGCUUGUUUUCAUUACCAAGAAGAGAAGGCAAUUGAAAGAGGGAUUCUUCCACUGCUGCGACGUGCCACCUUGGUACAAACAUUUGGACAGAGGAAUCAUGUGUGCUUGAAAGAUGGCUCAAUUACCAUUCCUCCUUAUGCUCCGCCACAGAAAAUGCAUACCCACUUGAUUCCUGAUAAGACUCCCAGGUCAAUUUUUGUGUACUUCCGAGGACUGUUUUAUGAUGUUGGAAAUGACCCCGAAGGUGGUUACUAUGCAAGAGGAGCAAGAGCAGCAGUCUGGGAGAACUUUAAGGACAAUCCAUUAUUUGACAUUUCGACCGAGCAUCCAACAACAUAUUACGAGGACAUGCAAAGAGCUGUGUUUUGUCUAUGCCCACUUGGAUGGGCCCCUUGGAGCCCAAGAUUGGUUGAAGCUGUGGUAUUUGGUUGCAUUCCUGUUAUUAUUGCAGAUGAUAUUGUUCUUCCGUUUGCCGAUGCAAUACCAUGGGAAGAGAUCGGGGUGUUUGUUGAUGAACAGGAUGUUCCUAAGUUGGAUACCAUACUCACAUCGAUCCCACCAGAAGUUAUAUUAAGGAAGCAAAGAUUGCUUGCUAAUCCUUCUAUGAAGCAGGCAAUGUUAUUCCCUCAACCCGCGCAAUCUGGAGACGCUUUCCAUCAAGUUUUAAAUGGACUUGCACGGAAAUUGCCGCAUGACAGAAGUGUGUUCUUGAAACCAGGGGAGAAGAGGUUGAAUUGGACUGCCGGCCCUGUUGGUGACCUUAAACCUUGGUAACAGUAGUAGGCAUUAUGAUUCUUUAUAAAUCUUGGUCAAUCCUCCUCAAAAUGUUCAUAGGGGGUAGGUAACCAAGGUGCUUUUUUUUACAUUGUAAAUUUUGAAUAUUUUUACAGACAAUUCAUAAUUUGCAACAUGAUUGAUCUCAUAGUAUGCUAAUGCAACUUAUUUUGCUGCCCUA